CGUUACGAUUGCAACGUAUGAGACUCUCCCUUCAAAGGUUUCCUAUAAAAGUGGUUUACAAACCAGGAAAAGAACUCUUUCUAGCGGAUGCACUCUCGCGCUUUCCAAACCAGAAGGAGCUGAAAGAAGAAUCACUGGAUUUUCAUGUACAUGCUCUCUCUUCUCUUCCAGUCUCUGAUCGGCAACUGCAGGAAAUCCGGGAAGAGGUACUCAAGGAUGCAACAAUGACCGAACUGUGCAGCUAUUCAAGCACAGAAUGGCCUGAGAGCAAGCUUCAGGUGUCUGAGACCGCACGAGCGUAUUGGAACUACCGCGACGAACUUCACGUCGAAGAUGGCCUUCUCCUAAGAAGCAACAAGUUGGUCAUUCCGCCAACAAAAAGGCAAGAAGUACUUCGUUUGCUUCACGCGGCACACGGGGGUGAAGAAAGAUGAAGGCAAGAGCCAAAGCAGUUAUGUACUGGCCAGGCAUGUCGGCGGAUAUUGCAGCUCUAGCGAAGGCGUGUCAACUUUGUCAAAGGUACAAGAGCAGGAACGCCAAGCUACCAAUGCUUAGUCCCGAUAUACCUACUUUGCCGUGGCAAGUAGUCGGAAUCGAUCUUUUCUAUCACGAAGGCCAUGAAUACCUGGUUGUGGUGGAUUUCUAUUCCUUUUUUUUCGAGAUCAAGCAGAUGCAUCGAACUACGGCAGAAGCAGUGACAAACGUGUGCAUGCAAAUCUUCGCCACGCACGGCAUACCAGCAAAGAUAUGCAGCGAUAACGGCCCCCCGUUCAAUAGCACGUGCUUCCGUGUUUUUUCAACGCAGCUGGGCAUCAUCCACGUGACUUCCAGUCCGCAUUACCCUCGCGGUAACGGCAUGGCUGAAAGGGCCGUCCAGGAAGCAAAGAAACUACUGAAGAAGUGCAGGUUUGGAACACUGGAGUUUUACAGCGGCCUGCUUGAAUGGAGAAACAUGCCAAGGGAUGACCGCCUAAAGUCACCCGUCCAACGGCUCAUGGGUCGACAGACGAGGACCAAGCUGCCCGUACUAGACUGUCACCUAGAACCCCAAACCGUGCCGACCGAAGUUGUCCGAAAGCGCCUCGACGAAAUACGGCGAAAACAACGCGUCUUCUACAACAGAUCAACCCGGAAUCUACCGGAAGUGCACAGUGGGUCCACAGUAUCUGUUUAUGAUACAAUAAACAAGACCUGGGCACCAGCAGUCGUCAUGGGCCCGGCAAGUACACCACGCUCUUAUAUUGUUGCGACUGAGAACGGCCAGCAUCUACGACGCACGAGGGAACACCUCAGGUCCACAAACGGGCAGGUUCUCUCGCAGCAGCCAGAAAGCGCGACAGCGUCUGCGCAAUCCAGUCCGCAGCCAUGCACCACCGAGCAGCAAGCACCUCAAGAAGCGCUGCGUAGAAGCGCAAGACAGCGAAGAGCGCCACAACGCUAUCCUCUCCCAGAGUGCCCAACGCAAACUGUUCAGCGGAUGUAGUGAAAAUUGAACUUUGAGUGGUUUUUUCAAUGUGCCUUCGUUUAGACAUUUUGUGUUCUGUUUCUUUUUUCGUUUCUUUUUCUUUUUUUUCCCAAGGGAAGGAAGAUGUGACCAGGCGCAACGUCAUCAAGCAUUGCAGUGACCACGCAUGCGCAAGCCUGAUCUGCCUAUGUACAAAUACACCGGCAUCACGCAAUAAAGCGUUCUUUCGUUUCCUG